CCAUUGAUAAUUCGGUGGGCUCCUGUAUCGGGAGAAAAAGGUGGAAGAGCUAAAUGUGGUAAAAAUAUAUGUGAUGUCAGCCAUAAUAGAAGUAGAAAAGGUGAACAGGACAUUAUGAUGUAUUCUUUCUAUGGAAGUAAUUUCAAACCGUAUGAUCUUCCGGUACCCAGACGACGAGGGGAUUAUUGGGCACUUAUUCACGAAGAGUCUCCCAAAAACAACCACUAUCUGUUUUCUUAUCAAGAUACCUUAGGACUUUUCAACUUGACUUCAACAUUCAAACGACAAUCUAGUUAUCCGAUUCCGACAUUUGGAUUAAAAGAAGUAAAUCAUAUAUUAGAUAAGAAAUAUAUGUUAUCAAUAGAAGAAAAGAAUGAGUAUCGUAAAUUGGGGCUGGCACCAAUAGUUUAUAUACAGAGUUCUUGUGAUACACCCUCUGAUAGAGAUAAACUGGUUUUUCUGCUACAAAAAUAUAUUCCUAUUGAUAGUUAUGGUAAAUGUGUGAAUAAUAAGAUAUUGCCUGAAAGAUUAUCAUUUCAAAAAACAAAAUCUAUGGCACCAAUGGAAUCAGAAGAAUUUUACAAAUUUAUAGCUAGAUAUAAAUUUGCCAUUGCCUUUGAAAAUGCCGUUUGUGAUGAUUAUGUAACAGAGAAAUUCUGGAGACCAAUUCAUCUUGGUGUUGUACCAAUAGUUUUUGGAGCACCAACGAUUAAGGACCUUUUACCAGAUAAAAUGUCAGCCAUUUUAAUCACGGAUUUUAAUACUGUAGCAGAUAUAGGUUUGAAACUUCGCAAACUCGAUACUAAUGACGAUGAAUAUCAGAAAUAUUUAGAUUACAAGGAAAAUGGAAUCAGCAACCCAAAACUUCUUGAGUUCCUAAAAAUGAGAGAAUGGGGAUCUGGAACUAAACACUGGAGUUUAUUUGGUGCCUUCACUUGUUUUCUGUGUAAUCAAUUA